UGACAUGAAUUUUGAGGAUGAUAAUCGAAGAAAAGAUAUUUCAAUCUAUGACAAAUAAUGUAAGGUAUGGUAUGAGUUCUUGAAGGAACAAACUAACAAAAUUAACAAUUAUUUAAAUGAUACAAAAAGUGGAUUAGAUAACUAUAAAACAAACUUAGAAGAAAGAUUAAAAGAACUUGAUGAAUAAUAUGAUUUGAAUUGCGAAGUCUUAGAUUCACUUAGAGAAUAAAUCUCAACUAUUGAAUAUUACUAAGAAGUUUAGGAAGUAAUUAUUAUUUUAUCUAUUACUUCAAUUAGUAAGAGAUCAAUGAUUAUGAAAAUGCCAUUAAUUCUGCUUAAGUUGAAAAAGAUAAACAUUCAAGAGAAACUUUAUAAAAAGAAAAAGAAGAAUUGAUUACUUUGAUUUGUGAAAUGAAACAUAAAAAAAUUGAAGAUUGGCUUAAAACUAUCAAAAAGGAUCUUUCAGAUGGUGAUUUAAAAGAAAUUUUAAAGAUUUGUUAUCGUCUCUUUUAUGGAGCUAAGACUUUCAAUCUAGAAGAAUUUAUUGAAAAUGUUUUGUCAAAGGGAGAAACUAAAACUGAAGUUGAAGCUCCUUCUAAUUGGAUGAAAGUAUCUCUUCAUAUCUAUCAAUAAGGAAAAAGGAUUACAAUAAUAAGGAAACGAAAAGUUAAAAUUUAAGUUAUGUCCCUUAUUAGCAAAAUUUGCUAUUUAUAAUAGAUAAGAACUAAAUAAAGAUAGUCGAUAAAUGCUUAGGCUUUUACUUGAUUCUUAAUAAUAAAAAUAAAAUUAGACUCCUCAAAUCAUAUUCUUAGUAUUCCUUUUACAAAAAGUAAGCUUAUUAUAUAAAAAUAGUUUAAUAAUUGGGACAUAGCUUGUUGUGAUAAUGAUAAACUUGAAUAACGUAUCAAAGAAUUAGAAUAAACAUUGGAAGAAAAAAGAAAUUCUCCAGAAUAUCUUCAGUAAUAAAAUCAUUUACAUUUUUUAUAAAAAGAGGAAGAAUUUACAAAUGAUGUGAUUACGAAAAUCUCCAAUAUCAGAUAGGCUUUAGAAGAAUUAUUAUUAAGUUUUUCAAAAUAUGAAGAAUAUCAAUAAUAAUAAAUUGAUGAAAUGUAAUAAACUGUUGAGUUCAAUUCCAGAAAUGAUGAAAUAGACCUUAUCUAUUUAGAAAAAGAAUAAUAAAUUGAAAUGAAAUGA